ACAAUCAGCUCGUUGGGCAGUGAUUGGAUGCAGGCUGCAAUAAACGCUACCUGUGUGCCUGUAUCUGCAGAGCAAGUCGCUUCAGGGCAGUUGGGGCUGUUGUUGCUGUGACUAGGCCGCACGCCCCUUAGAACACAGAGAUGGCUCGUGGCGCUUGUUUGGGGUUCUUGCUGAUUUGCUUAGUUCAAGCAGAGCAUGUACGGUGUUUGCGGGCGACACGAGGUGAGCCGGAAACAAAAUGUGGCGCCGUCCGUUUCUUUGCGGAUCCCAGACGGGACAGCGACGUUGGCUUGGCGCAACAGGAUCGUGGCGUCGGUGGCAGCUACCCCCAGAAUCGACCUGGACCGGCUUUCCUUUUUCCACGCUCGGCCUGGGGCGGUAGCCGCAACGCGGGGCCUUUAGUUGGCGGCGGUUCUAGCCGGGGACUUUCCAGUAGUGGCUACGUAGAGCCUGGGAGUGGCCGUGCUGCAGUCGGGGCGCUGCAGGGCGGCUCGGCGUCAAACCCCAACUGGCUGACGCCUAGGACUCCUCGGGUAAACGUGCCAAAGCGGCCGUUUGGCUUCCAUUUUGCUUCUGUUGCUAGUGGAAGUACUGCGAGUAGGCACAACCAACCUCCGCGCAGCAAGAAGCCAAUUCAGCAGGGUAGUCCUUCUAGGGAAAGCGACGCCGAAUUGGCGUCCCAGCGUUCAACGGCACAGAAAGCUGCUGCGACUAGGUCUUCCCGCCUGUUUGGCACAGAUGUUCAUACGCGGCCCAGAAGUCUUUUCAGGACGAAAACCUCCGCCAGCGGCCUUGGUAAAAGAGUGUCCCCACAUCGUGGCUCUAAAACCUCUAAGCCUUUCUCGUCCGUCCCAAAUAAUAAGAUUACUAGACUGAACUUCCAGAAUGAGGCCGCAAUACCAAACCAAGGCGACCGGUUUUCUGUUUCCAACGUGGUCGCAAGCAAUGAAAUGUCCAAACCCGGCGCCCCCGCUGCCUUCCUGCCACACGGUGUAAAGGCCCCCGCGAGUCAGCACUAUGCCCCAACCAGAAUCCACAACAUCCCUUAUCAAUUCGGCGGCUUUGCUAUUAGACGGCUGAAAGAACGUGACUUGACCCCGCAGAGCUACGUGGCGGCCCCCCAGGCCCAGAGCUACGUGGCUCCCCAGCGUCCGGCAGCCCCGCAGGCCUACCUGGCUCCCCAGCGUACUGCGGCUCUGCAGAGCUACUUGGAUCCCCAACAGCAGUCUGCAUCUUCCCAGCCCUGGGUCCCCAGUGGUCCUCAUGUGAGCAGGUGGAUCAGGGUCCAGCCUCCUCUGGGAUUAAAGCAUGUGCUGUAGCAGCAGGUGCAGCAGGUGUCCUGGGAUUAUUAUUAUUAUUAUUAUUAUUAUUAUUAUUAUUAUUAUUAUUAUUAUUAUAUAUUUUUUUAAAUAAAACUUCUACAUUUAUAA